CUCAAUGACUAGGCCUCUGUGAGGCGCAGCACACGCCGCAGAGAUGGCCGGGACACGGGCCUUCUCAGAGGGGAAGAUCGCUGGGCUCUACGAUCUGGAACGCACCCUGGGCAAGGGCCACUUUGCGGUGGUGAAGCUGGCGCGGCACGUCUUCACGGGCGAGCGGGUGGCGGUCAAGGUGAUCGACAAGAGCAAGCUGGACGGCGGGGCGGCCACCCAGCUCCUGCAGGAGGUGCGCUGCAUGAAGCUGGUCCAGCAUCCCAACGUGGUUCGCCUCUACGAGGUCAUCGACACCCACUCCAAGCUCUACCUCAUCCUGGAGCUGGGCGACGGCGGAGACAUGUUCGACCACAUCAUGCAGCACGAGGGCGGCCUCGGGGAAGAGCGGGCCAAGCACUACUUCGCCCAAAUCGUCCACGCCAUCUCCUACUGCCACCGCCUCCACGUGGUGCACCGCGACCUCAAGCCUGAGAACGUGGUUUUCUUCCAAGAGCAGGGGGUGGUCAAGCUGACGGAUUUUGGCUUCAGCAACUGCUUCCAGCCGGGCACCAUGCUCACCACCAGCUGCGGCUCCUUGGCCUACUCGGCCCCUGAAAUCCUGCUGGGGGACGAAUACGAUGCUCCCGCUGUUGACAUUUGGAGCUUGGGCGUGAUUCUUUACAUGCUGGUGUGUGGGCAGCCGCCCUUCCAGGAAGCCAACGACAGCGAGACCCUGACCAUGAUUCUGGACUGCCGCUACACGAUCCCGUCUCACGUCUCCUCGCAGUGUGCAGACCUGAUCUCUCAGAUGCUGCAGCGGAACCCACUGCAGAGGGCCUCCUUGGAACAGAUUGAGAACCACCCGUGGCUGCAGGGCGUGGACCCUUCCCCGGCCAGUCGGUAUCUCUUGCCUCUGACGUCACACAAGCGGGUCUCCGAGGAGGAGCAUGAUAUCAUCAUCCAGGCCAUGAUGUGCGGCAACAUCGCAGACCGGGAAACCAUCCAAGAAGCGCUGGAGGCCAAUCACUACAAUCAUGUUACUGCCACCUACUUCCUUCUGGCUGAAAGGAUCCUGCGCGAGAAACAGGAGAAGCAGAGCCCGAGCCCCAGCCUGGUCUACAACCUUGCCCAGCAUGUCCAGAGCAGAAGCACGUUCAGCAUUGUGAGCGAUCCGAGCCACCCUGCAUCUUUGGUGGACGAAAGCCCUCAGCCUCUGCCUACAACCAAGAGUGCUUUGGAGAACUUUGCCGAGCAUUCUGGGAAGUCUGUUUUGUCCUUCUCCGCUCUGGGAGAAAACGAGUCCCCUUCUAGCUUCCACAGGUGCGGGCAGCCUAUCAGGGCGCUCAUUCGACCCUCCCUCAUCGAGACCCCCAUUGCCAAGAGCACCCCUGCCUUGCAGCAGAUUUCGGAGGAGGAGGAGGAGGAAGAGGAAGAAGAGGAGGGGAAGCCUGGCCUCUUCCGAAGGAGGACCUCCUCCUUGAACCAAGAGCAAAUGAGCGACUUCCAGAGUGCCAAGGCUUCCCUGUUGUUCUGCCGAAGCCUCGCAGCCCACAGCAAAAUAGCCAAGGCCCCCCCGGUUGGGUUCGGCAAGCCACGCUCCCUUGAUCAGUCGUACGAAUCUAGCCCGAACCAGGUGGUUCUCCAGAGGCCUCUGUCCCUAAUAGACAAGCAAGGCCUAUGCCAAGAGCUCCUGAAACAAGCUGUGCAACUGGAAGUUACCAGCAACUUCAAAUUGCAAGGGGCGAAAACCCCUGAAUCGCCCCCGGAAGGGACCACCGAUGAUAAGCUGUGGCCGGACAGCAAGGAGGAUCCCAGGGAGGGGGGCGGUGGCAGGGCAGUCAUGAGCCCCAGCACGGUAGAGCAACACGUAGGGAAGGAAGAGGACAAUAACAACACUCCCCAAGUGGGAAACCGCCCCGUUAGAGAGAAGCUCCUGAAGAAAGAAGCUGGGAUCCACACUCCUCAGAUGAACGAGGCUCUCGCCCAGGGCACGGCUGCCCAGACGAACACAGCCUUGGACCCGGAAGGCAAGUCCCACAAACCAGACAGGAGCCUCGAGAUGGGACCACCCAGUCAGCCGAAGCACUUGAACGACAGCCGCGGGAACGGCAGCCCCAGCGGCAGCGAGAGUUUGGCAGACAACAUUAUCAAGCUCGACCCAGCAAAGGGCAAGAGUGCCAACCUGAAGGACCGGAUCCUACAGUUCCCUCUCUGCGAGAAGGCCCUGGCCUUCCGGAUGCGGCCCGCCUCCAAGGAGAGCCUCCUCUCCCUGGGACAGUUCAACUGCUGCCACGUCAUCUAGGACCCGCGUUGCAUUUGCACGAGAGGAACAGACCGUAGCGACGAAGGCGAUAACGAAGGCUCAGGCCAGAGGAAGGUGUUGGUUCCGUUCCCAUGAUCUUCUGCUCCCCCGGAAUGGCUGCUGGCAGGAUGGAUGCCCCCCUGCCUGCGUGAGAAUGCACUCUUGACUCUAGUUCCGUCGUCUCUGCUUGAACGAGAUGGAAUGAACCAAACGGCUGCCCCUCCCUCUUCCCUCCGCUCCUC